GCUGUGGCACUCUCCCAGCUGUAGUCUAUGCCGUUAAGAGAAUAUGUUACCUCACAGGUUUUUGGCUAAGAUGAAAGGGCCCUGUCUCUUUCCCGCCUAGGAACUCAAACAUGACCAGGAAGAUCUUCACCAAUUCCAGGGAGCGCUGGAGGCAGCAGAACGUGAACAGCGCCUUUGCCAAGCUGCGGAAGCUCAUCCCCACUCACCCUCCAGACAAGAAGCUGAGCAAAAAUGAGACGCUUCGCUUGGCAAUGAGGUAUAUCAACUUCUUGGUCAAGGUCCUGGGGGAGCAAAGCCUGCAGCAAACUGGAGUGGCGGCUCCGGGAAACAUUCUGGGACUCUUCCCCCAAGGACCCCACCUGCCGGACAGGACUCUGCUCGGUGACUGCCAGGUUCCUUCACCCAGCCCAAGCCACCACAUUCCUUAGCGUGGCUCCG